AUGAUUUUCUGUUCCACCGAGUGGCCUGCCAUUGAUGUCGGCUGGCCACGAGAGGGAACCUUCAGCCUGCCAAUUAUUCGAGCGAUUAGAGAGAAAGUGCUCACUCCUGGCCCGUCUGGACACCCAGACCAAACUCCCUAUAUUUUGGUCUGGCAAGAUUUGGUGGAAAAUCCACCGGCCUGGCUGAGACCUUUUAUUCCCCAGCCCUUUACUUCCCCUUCCCCCACUUCAUCUAUCCCACAGGUACUUGUGGAAACAUCCAAAGAAGAAGAACACAAAGAGUGCAACGGCCGGGUGAAGCCGGUAUUCCGGGAAUCCUCACUCUAUCCUAACCUAAUUGACCUAGAAACCGAUCUCUCCCCACCCCGCUAUGCACAUCCACCUUUGCCCCCUCAGGUACCUCAGAUCUCAUCCGGAGGAAUGCGAAGGGAUACUGAACCCUCAGCCCCAACCCAGGAGGGGGGCCCCGCCCAGGGAACUCGAGGAAGAACUAGGGGAGUCCCCAAUGUGGCGGACAAAAAUAACCCGGAAGCCCCCACCUCCACGGUUCAGGCACUUCCUGUUCGGGCGGGGCCAGCCCUCCCGGCCGGGGAACGAACGUACCAAUACUGGCCCUUUUCCACUAGUAAUCUAUAUAAUUGGAAAACUCAAACUCCUUCGUUCUCAGAAAAGCCUCAGGGCCUCACUGAUUUUUUAGAAUCCAUUCUUUUCACCCAUAACCCCACUUGGGAUGAUUGUCAGCAGCUGUUACAAGUGCUUUUCACCACAGAGGAACACGAACGGAUAUUGUCGGAAGCACGGAAAAAUGUUCCAGGGGUAGAUGGGAGACCUACCAUGCAACCAAAUCUGAUUGAUGAGGGAUUCCCCUUGACGCGGCCCAGAUGGGACUUCGAGUGCGCUGAAGGUAGGGAGCGUCUCCGAGUGUACCGCCAGACUCUCAUGGCUGGCCUCCGAGCAGCCGCCAGGAAACCAACAAAUUUGGCUAAGGCAAAUCUGGUUAGACAGGAGCCAAAUGAGAGCCCGGCAGCCUUCCUUGAGAGAUUAAUGGAAGCUUUUAGGCAGUAUACCCCCAUGGACCCACAGGCCGAUGAGUUAUGCGCGGCAGUUAUGCUAGCAUUUGUAAAUCAGGCAGCCCCAGAUAUCAGGAAGAAACUGCAGAAAAUAGGGAGGUUAGGGGAACAAUCCAUACAAGACCUGGUGAGGGCAGCAGAGAGGGUUUUUAACCAUAGGGAAACUCCAGAGGAAAGAGAAGAACGUGUUAGACGGGAAGAGAGAGAGUUCAGGGCCGAGGAAAACUGCAGAAAUCAGAAAGAAUUAGCCCAGAUAUUCCUUGCAGGGAUGAGACAGGGAGCUAAUUCUCAGGGAACUAAUGAAGUCAGGCCGAGAGACGAAGGAAAGCAAAUUGGACAGAGACUAAGAAAGGACCAAUGUGCAUAUUGUCAAGAGUGAGGACACUGGAAAAGAGAGUGCCCUAAAAGAAAACCGGGGGAAAAGCCCACCAGGGAAGAAGCACCUUCCCCGGGGGCCCACAUCUUAUAUGCAGAAAAUGAUAGUGAUUAGGGGGGUCAGGGCUCAGCCCCCCUCCCCGAGUCCUGGGUAACUGUACAUGUGGAGGGGAAACCAGUUGGUUUCAUGGUGGACACAGGGGCCCAAUACUCAGUCCUUAACCGGAAAGACGGACCAAUGUCCAAGAAAACCAGCUGGGUACAAGGGGCCACCGGAACUAAACGAUAUGGAUGGACUACUAAACGUCAGGUGGACUUGGGGGCCCAACGAGUGUCUCACUCAUUUCUUGUGAUACCAGAAUGCCCGGCUCCCUUUCUAGGGAGGGAUUUAUUAUCUAAGGUCAAUGCUCAAAUCCACUUGGACCAUGGAGGGAUAUCAGUUAUGGAUGGGACCAGACAUCCUAUACAGGUUUUGUCCUUGGCGCUAAGGGACGAAUAUAGACUGUACCAGCCGAGGCCUCCCAUGGCUAUUGACCCUAAUGUGCAGCCUUGGGUCCAAAAAUAUCCUAUGGCCUGGGCAGAAACAGUGGGAAUAGGACUAGCCAAACAGAGACCGCCCAUCAUUGUUGAACUGAAAGCAGAUGCCACCCCUGUAUGUGUGAAACAGUACCCCCUGAGUCUAGAGGCCCAACGAGGAAUCACACCACAUAUCCAGCGGCUCUUGAAGGUAGGAAUUCUCAGAAGGUGUCAAUCUCCAUGGAACACUAUCCUGUUACCUGUGAAAAAGCCUGGGGGAAUGGACUUUAGACAGGUCCAAGAUCUUCGUGAAGUCAACAAACGGGUGAGUGACAUUCAUCCCACCGUCCCUAACCCAUACACCGUCUUGAGUGGCCUGCCACCAGACUAUGUCUGGUAUACGGUCCUGGACUUGAAGGAUGCCUUUUUCAGUUUGCCGCUGGCCCAUUCGAGCCAAGAGAUCUUCGCUUUCAAGUGGACCGAAGAGGGCAGCCAGACUACAGGACAACUAACCUGGACUCGCCUCCUGCAGGGCUUCAAAAACUCACCAAUGCUAUUUAAUGAGGCUCUGGGCGAAGACCUCCAUGAGUACCGGGCUGAUCACCCCAACGUUGUCUUGUUGCAGUAUGUGGAUGAUCUUAUGCUAGCCACUGCUACCGAGGAGGCAUGCCUAGAGGCGACAGGCAACCUCCUCCAAACUUUGGGGACAUUGGGGUACCGGGCUAGUGCAAAGAAAGCCCAAAUUGCUAGACAGGAGGUCACCUACUUAGCAUAUAAGAUAAAGCAGGGGCGGAGACGGCUGACACGGGCUAUGAAAGAGACUAUUUUGCAGAUCCCUGAGCCAGCAACUCCUCGUCAAGUGAGAGAAUUUACUGGGACUGUUGGGUAUUGCAGGCUGUGGAUCUUGGGAUUUGCUGAAAAGGCCCGGCCAUUGUAUGAAGGGAGCAGGGAGAAUAAAAACUGGACUUGGACUGAGCCAAUGAGACAGGCAUUUCAAGAACUUCGGCAGGCUCUGCUGAAAGCCUUGGCCUUUGCUCUCCCUAACCCAUCUAAGCCCUUCCAACUGUUUGUGGAUGAAAAACAGGGAGUAGGAAAGGGAGUCUUGACGCAGCAAUGGGGGCCUUGGAAGCGACCUGUAGCCUACCUCUCUAAAAGACUGGACCCAGUGGCCACGGGGUGGCCACCCUGACUCCAAAUCAUCACAGCCACUGCUCUCCUGGUCCAUGAUGCCAACAAGUUAACGUAUGGACAACAGCUCCUGGUCUACACUCCCCAUGCCAUUGAAGGGAUUCUCAAGCAGCCACCGGGUAAGUGGAUCUCCAGUGCCCGCUUAACCCAUUAUCAGGCCUUGCUGCUGGAUACCCCCCGGAUACACUUUCAGACGCCCUGCUUCCUGAACCCGGCCACUCUCCUGCCCGCCCCAAAGAAAGACGGCCCCCUCCAUGAUUGUGGUGAGAUAUUGGCCGAUGUGAUGGCCAUACGAAAAGACCUAAAAGAUGUGCCCUUAAAAGACAGUGAACUGGUAUGGUUUACAGACGGAAGUAGUUUUGUGAAAGAUGGACAAAGAAGGGCAGGGGCAGCCAUUGUAGAUGACUCUGGAAGGGUCAUCUGGGCUGAAGCUCUGCCCUCUGGGACAUCCGCCCAGAAAGCGGAAUUAAUAGCCUUGAUACAGGCACUGGAAAAGGCAGAAGGAAAAAAGAUCACCAUUUAUACUGACAGCCGGUAUGCAUUUGGAACAGUGCAUAUUCAGGGCCCAAUAUAUAGAGAGCGGGGGUUUACGACAGCAGAGGGAAAAGAAGUUAAAAACCUACUUGAGAUCCGCAGACUCCUAGCAGCAGUCCACCGACCCCGAGCCAUGUCCAUAGUACAUGUCCCAGGACACCAAAAAGGAGAAGAUAUCAAGGCUCGGGGCAACCGUGCUGCCCAUGUGGCGGCCCAGGAAGCAGCCCUCAGAGACUGUAAAACCCCCAUAUUGACUGGCAAAGACGGAUGGUAUCGAGACCAAAAUGACAACUUGUUGCUUCCGGCUAACUUGGGUCGACACCUUUGCACGCACCUACAUCAGACCACCCAUCUGGGAGAAAAAAAGACUCUAGCACUCUUACAGACAGCGUGUCUGCGGUUUCCCCAACAAAAGGCAACUAUAAAAGACAUAGUCUGUGCCUGUAAGGCAUGCCAGAUGAUGAGACCAGGAAAAGGACAGCACACGGGUAUAAGGUACUGGGGAGAAAGACCAGGACAACACUGGGAGAUAGAUUUUACAGAGGUAAGGCCAGGCAAAUAUGGGUACCAUUAUCUGUUAGUUCUGGUUGAUACUUUCUCUGGGUGGGUAGAAGCAUAUCCCACUAAGAGGGAAACAGCAACAAUGGUAGCUAAAAAACUCCUAGAAGAGAUAGUGCCUAGGUUUGGGCUGCCGGUGACCAUUGGCUCUGAUAAUGGACCUGCUUUUGUGAGUCAAAUUGUUCAGGGACUGGCCUUAGCUCUGGGGACCAAAUGGAAACUGCAUUGUGAAUACAAUCCCCAGAGCUCAGGACAGGUAGAAAGAAUGAAUCAGACUCUAAAAGAAAUUUUGGCAAAACUGGCGAUAGAGACUGGUGGGGACUGGGUGACUCUCCUUCCCUUUGCUCUCUUCCAAGUGCGUAAUACCCCCUACAAGUUAAACCUAACCCCCUUUGAAAUUGUUUAUGGGGGGCCCCCUCCAGUGUCCUAUCUUCGAGGGAAGAAUCCAGCCGCCUCCUUCAUGUGGCAGUUCCAAAAAGCUCUAUUGGCCUUAAGCAAGGUGCAUGUGCACAUCUGGACUUUACUCAAAGAAAUCCGUAAAGGCCAAGAGAACGGAAAAAUUCCUUCACACAACAUUGGUCCAGGGGACUGGGUUUGGGUCAAACGGCAUCAAGUCAAGACAUUAGAGCCUAGAUGGAAGGGCCCUUAUAUUGUUCUUACUACCCCUACUGCCCUGAAGGUCGACGGCACUGGACCUUGGGUGCGCUGUAACCACGUGCGCUGUGCCACUCCAGAAGAACAAGAAAAGGCCCAGAGAGAAUGGAAGGUGACACCACAUCCCUCCAACCCUUUAAAGAUGAAGUUCACCCGUCGACAGGACUCAGACGAAUCACCCUGA